AUGUCUGAGGGUGCCAGCUCGUCGAGCAACUAUGCUCGGUUCAUCAAGGAAGAGCUCAUCGAUCCCGAAUACGAAAGACAAGAAGCUUCGCCACCGCCGAUGAAUACGUACGAACAGAUUAUGAGGAACCUGAUGCAGGAGAUCGCCGUAGAGGAUCAGUGGAUCGGUGAGCCCACAUUAGAAUUGUCAAAAUUCAUGACAAGGUUUUCAGCCUCCACUCCCGCUCAUCAACAAGAAUGGAUCAGAGCCCAGAUCGAAAAGAACCAGAAAGAGGUGAUGACGAAUAAUCCGGCAAUGCAACACAAGAUGGCCAAAGCUACCACAAGUGAGCCACCCGGUUUUGUGAGUCAUCAAACGCGAUAUUGCAGAAUACAAACAAAUGGAACUCGAAAUCCGACGAAAGGCGAUUCGGCAGUUCGAACAGCACUAUUAUCAAACGGAGCAGCGCGUCAAUCCGGAAAGAAGCGCAAAGGCAAAGGUGACAGCGGGAACGUAUGCCGAAUAUGAGGACGACGACGGUAUAAACAAAAGAAAACGAUCGGAAAUCAUGCACUCAUAUUUUCAGACGACAUCCGCGCAAUUGCAAUGAUUCGUCAUGGAACUUCCAAGCAGACGAGAAAGAAGCGUGGCGGGAGAAGAGCCAACGGAAAGAAGCAUUAA